UUAACGUCGACUCCCCAGUCGUUGUUGGGAAAAGUAAAACCAGAGCUCUCUAGUUAGGAGCGUUUACUCGCGCGUGAAUUCUCAGUUCGGAGAAAAGAUCCGCCGACGUCCUCCUCUGCCCUGUAGUGAUGGCUCCGAAACCGAUCACGAGUCCCGUACCCGACUCAUCGUACCCAACCCUUGCCUUCUUGAUGCUCGCGAUCGGCCUCGUGAUAACUGCUUCCUUCUUCAUCUAUGAAGCAACCUCAUCAAGGCGGAAUCGCAGCCUUGCCAAGGAGCUUAUGACAGGAGCAGUGGCUUCUGUUUUCUUGGGGUUUGGAUCUUUGUUUCUUCUACUUUCCUCUGGUGUUUAUGUUUAAUUUCUGAAGAUUGAGCUACUUUAUUUUUCUUAAGCGGGAUCAAUUGAAGUGGAGGAUGAUAUGAUUGAGAUUAUUAGUGUAAUGCAUUCUUGGUGUCCGUGAUGAGAAACCCUUUUUCUUAA